UGAGGAUCAUCCACAUGUGCAACAACAAAUCGCCUGUUGGAGCAUGCUAAUGCGAUCACAAUGGAUCAACUUCCAAAGAGAAAGAAGAGAGGCCCAUAUAAACGAUAUAUCAACCAUGGAUCAGACUUCGUGCUACCGAGAAGUACUAAGAGGGCUUGCCAACACAAUGAAGUGCCUACGGACACAUCCUCAUCUGAUGAUGAAGCAGUCUCCAACAAUGCAGCGCCCGGACUAAGCCAAGCAGCAGGUCAAGCUUCAGUCUUGUCAGAUAUAAACAGCGUACUUCAAACUGAUACGUUGAGUAGUCAGGAUGAACAGGAAACUUCAAACGACGCUUGUGGUGCAGCGGCCUCCAGCAUGGCAUCUGCUGCGGUCAGUCACAAUACUUCAGAACUGCAAGCAACCAAUGAUGGGCCACAGCAUGCCAUCCCGAUGAUUUCCCAUGACACAUUGCUAAAUGAUGAAGAGCUUUCCAUAUCUGAUGAUGAUGGUUCAGAGCAACAUGAUCCUGGAGAGCUGGCUUCAGAAGAUGACAUGGUAGGUCCAUCAGAAAUUGCAAAAAUUACACAAACAUGGUUGACGUCAUUAACUGUUAGGGGCCCAGUUAACAUGUUUGGGCAUUGCAAAUACUGA